GUUCACGGUCGCGUCAGUGUGCGAAUGUGAGUGCGCGCUCAUGGGAGCGUUCCUCAGAGCAGUGGCGCUCCGUGACGUUCAUUCAUUUAACGCUCAAAAACAAACUCACGAUAACAUGAUGCCUUUCAACCCGAUUACGAUGCAAGAACAUACGGUAUUCAUCCGACUCAAUGUCAUAUGACAGAGUGAAUAAAAGUGGACUGGGGUGAUGUGGACAAAGAAAGAUAAGAGGCCGCAGAAGUCGGAAUGACACAGGGUUUCCCUACAGCGACCCCAUUUGUGCUGCUCUUCCUGAUGGGAUUUGCAAUGGCUGGUAUCCAUCUCUGGCCAUCAAUGCACAUCGCCUUGAGCAAUGCUAGUGUGUUUGUGGAUUACAGCACUGAAAGCAACUUAACCGACCACAGGAUAACAGUAUCAUUGAUUGACAUCGACAGGAAUGUUACAGUACUCUUCAGGUUGCUUCCCUCCAACCAAUCAGAAGGGUCACUGGAGUUCAACUGCUCUUGUUUCCUGUAUGCAGGUAAUUUCAGAUUCAGACUGGAGCAGAAACACAACCUUGGUGUGUCUAACAGGAGUGCCAUCUGGUGGUGGAGUCCAGUUCUGCACGUGCACUGGCCCACCUUUCACCUAGCUGUGGAUCGUGGCAGCAACAACCGAAGCUCUAAUGACUUUAGGAUUGGAGUGUACACUAACGACAACUUCCAUCCUUGUUCUAGCAGCAAAGCUUCAACUGUCUUCCUUGACGUCAGCUACCUGGAACAAGUCGAGAUUGGGAGGAAAACCUUCGAGAAGGUGCAGAACCGGACAAGACACAAUAUUACAGUAGUUAGGUCACAGCAUGUGGAGAUGCCAUGUGCAUCCCUUCUGACAGAGCGUGGCUACAUCCAGAUUUCCUUAAAAUCCCCUCACAUCCAGCAAGAUAUAAAAUCCUCUGGUCCUCUUUACCUGUCCAGCAUCUUCUCCUACAAGCUUCUUGUGGAUAACAUUUACAAAAGUGGCUGUGAGGGAGCUGUGCAUGUCCGUCGAAUUGCUCCUCCUUGUACAGUUACAAAUGGAAAAGUUCUGCUUUAUAAGGAAGAGAGUAAUGACAUGGCUGUUCCCUCUCAAUUGGCCUUCAAUUUCCUCACGCAAGGGGAGAAUGAGACUGAGUUUAACUGCUCCAUCUUUGACCCUGGAAGGAAUAAGUACUGCUUCCAUUUAACACUCGUCUACAGUAAGGCUCCCAGUUUAGCCCAGACCUGUGUGAUUGUGCAAAAACAUACAAGAAUGUGGGGACCUUGGCAGCCAUGGAGUGGUUGUAGUGUAACGUGUGGAGAAGGGGUGCGUGAGCGUGUUCGUGAAUGUCUGCUGCCCUCUAGUGGUGGGAUGCAAUGCACUGGCAUGGUCAGAGAGCAGUCACACUGUUCACUAGAAGAUUGCACUGAGGAGCUUCCGCCUCCACCCCUCACCCCUCCGCCAGCUGUGAACUCGCCCCUAACUGGGAAUCUAGUGGUAGUGGCUGGGAUCUCCCUAUGCCUGGCUGUGAUCCUGGCCACUAUCUUUAUCACAGUGUGGAGGAAACUCUGCCGUGCUCCGAAGUGCAGCUCCAUGCGCCGUGGAUCUCUCCACUCUCCCAGUGGUCGGAAGAACUCUGAUGAGGCUUCUAUCUGUGGUCACAGCUUACAGAGACCCAGUUUCUCAGAAAGUCUCCAAGCAGCUCCCCUUCAGAAGGGACUUACUAUGCCUGCAAAGCAGGGACCUUCGGACCGAGGUGUGUUGGCUCGUCAACAGAGCAUGACCCUUCCUCUUCCACUUUCUCAAGACCCGGAGAGGAUGUCUCCUUCUGGUCAAAAGAUCCUUCCACCUCUUUUUGGCUACCGCUUGGCUCAGCAACAGCUCAAGGAGAUGAAGAAAAAGGGCUUGAAAGAGGCCACUCAAGUCUACCAUGUGUCCCAGAGUCCAGUGGAUGACACCAUGCUGGAGGCAGUGGCUUCAACCCCUACAGGUCUAACUCCGGUGCCCCAAGAACUUGACAGCCCAGAAGAGUCAAGCAGCAGCCACUUCCGCAUAAGGUCUGCCUUUGCAGAACCCACGUGGCCUCCCAAAAACAACGCUUUAUCAGACAGACAAAAAGUGGACUUGUUGCUGAGUCCUCCGAAGACUUCAUUUAGUGUCAACUCGCAACGUCUUGAGCGUACGGCAGACUGGGUGGAGAUGGUAGAGCGCAGUAGAGUGCCAUACUCCAAGAAUCCCAACUUCAGAAGAACUUCAAGCUUCCACGAGAACAACCAAAAUCAACUGCCCCCGUCCCGACCCUUCCGAGAAAGAAGCCUGACCCAGGUGACUCCCCGCCAGCUACCAGAGGGGAGCUGUAGAAGCAGACACUGGGAGCAUACACUUCCUGAACUUGAGGUCUGGUCUUGUUCCAGUCCUAGAAUAACUGAUAACUCAGUGGACCACAGGAGAAGACCAUGGGUUGACACUCCCCCAUCUCAGUCAAACUCCAAAGAUUCAGUUCCAGUGACACCAACAAAAGAACCCUUGGUGGAUCGUCAUCGCGUAGCCCGAAGCCCAUCUUCUGCACUGGACCGAGCUGAACGGGCAGAACAGAACUGGAGCAGAAGAGGUCCCUCACCCAUCCAGAGGAACAUACUAGCCCGGAAGCUCAGAGAGGCUAAUUCAUCUACCUGCCAAAGACAACGCAGUUCCACAUUUUCUACCUCAGAGCAGCGCAGGGGACGCUGUCGCAGUCUUCCUCUCUCUGCGGACUAUAGCAACUCCCCGUAUAAUCUCACAGAGUCAGAACAGCACAUGAUGGACAUUUCUGGAUACUUGGGUGAGGAUGAUGGAGUAGAGGUUCUGACUAUUCAUAAACUCACCUAAUCAAACCUGCAUAUCCUGGAAGGUUUCUACACUCUGCUGAAGCAAACGCAAACUUCAAAAUAAAAGUCUUAAUAGCAUGAAAAGCACUUGCUUUUAAUAGCAGGAGGUUAUUUUGCUUCAUGUGGACAUGUAUAUCAGAUUUUGUAAACUCUUUGUAGAGCCUACAAAUGAUAACUAUGAUCGAUUUAUGUUUAUUUAUGGAGUUAUGAAUAUUAAUUUGAAAAGCCAUUUUGAUCUUAUGCAAACCACUGUCAAGGACAUUUACGACGGUAUUUUAGUGCCACUAAAAAAAAAUUAAAAAUCUAAGAUUACAAGAUUAAAGUCAUAAUAUUUUGAGAAUAAUGUCAAAAUUAUGAGAAUAAAGUCGAAAUUAAGAGAAUACAGUCUAAAUAUUUUGAGAGUAAAGUAGAAACUUUUCGAGAAUAAAGUCGAAAUUACAAGAAUAAAGUCUAAAUAUUUCGAGAAUAAAUUUCAAAUAUUUCGACAAUAGUUAAACUUAUGAGAUUAAAGUUGAAAUGUUUCGAGAAUAAAAUCAAAAUAUUUUGAGAAUAAAGUCAAAAUUAUGAAAAUUAAUUUGUAGCAGAUUAAAUUAUUAAAGUUAAUGAUUAAAGUUAUAAUAUUUUAAGAGUAUAUUCUAGCCUAUUGCUCAUGCAAAUGGCUGGAUUGAGAGCACCGGGAGAUAUUCCAAAGUCUCUGCUUUUAAAAUCUGUCAGUUUUAUAGCGAAAUACAAACAAUAAGUCUUUUACAAUAAUGUGUUUUUCACGCCUUUUAAUGAGGUAUGAUAGAUCACUGUAUUCGCCUCAGUUUAAGCGGUAUGUGAAUCAGUCAUCUUUCCGAUUACAAUGAGACAUUUGUUUCAUUAAAUUAGGCUACACUGUUUUUUUCAUUCUUUUUGAUGUUACGUCACAUUUAUUUUGUGCUAUAAACAUGAAAUAAAAGGAAAAACACAUUUAUAAUUUGUAUUUCGUGAUAAAAUUGACAAAACUUGAAAGCUGAGCUGUGUUAUAUUAAAAGCAACAAAGCACAAAAUUAUUGUGAUUACUGGUUGGCUGACGUGCUACAUAUAAUAAAGGGGAGACGUUAAAUAUUAUUUUCAAUCAUUUACUGUUAUACCGUGAAUAAAAUAGCUUGUGAAUAGUAACUUAUAUACCUCAGAAAAGACAACAAUAACUUAUGUUAACAAGUUGAAGUCCACUUCAACCUUUAGAACGUUUUAUUGUUGUUUUUAAUUAAAUACAUGUGAGGAAUAAAAGAUUGGUUCAAUUUAGUUCUCACAAUUUUGACUUUAUUCUCAAAAUAUUACAACUUUAAUCUCAGAAUUUUAGAUUUUGUUUAAUUUUUUAACGUGGCACCCAAACGCUGUUGUGGACAUUAUACAGUAUUCACAUCACAAGUAUAUUUUGUACACAUUUAGAUUUGUUUGUACACUGGAAAAUGUAAAUUCUCACGUUUUAGGAGAACAGAUGAAAAUACUGUAAAUAUGCAUUUUUUUAUGAUUUUCUUUUUACAGUCGACCAUGUUAAUGAAGCACUACAUAAAACAAAAAAGUUUGAUACAAAAUCCCAAACAAGAUCAGUAUGUUUAGAUGCUGUUUUAUUAUGGUAUGCAUAUUGUAUGCUAUUAAAUGCAUGCAUGCAAAGUUAAAAUACUAAAGGGAUAAUUCACCCAAAAUUGAAAAUUCUGUCAAUAAUUACUCACGCUCAUGUCCUUCCAAACCUGUAAGACCUUCGUUCAUCUUCAGAACACAAAUUAAGAUAUUUUUGUUAAAAUCUGAGGGUUUUCUGACCCUGAAACUGACAUGUUCAAGGCCUAGAAAGGUGGUAAAGAAAUCAUUAUAACAGUCUAUAUGACAUCAGUGGUUCAACUGUAAUGCAAUGAAACUACGAGAACACUUUUUGUGUGCAAGGAAAACAAAAAUAACUCUAUUCAACUAUUUCUUCACUUCUGUGUUAGUCUAACAUUAUGGUUGAACCACUGAUGUCACAUGGACUAUUUUAAUGGUGUCCUUACUACCUUUCUGGGCCUUGAUCCUGUCAGUUGCUCUCGGA